AUGAGGGUGAAAUUGAUAGCCCAGCUCAAGUGCAUCUACACUAAUGCAGGUAGCAGGGGCAACAAGCAGGAUGAGCUGGAAGCCAUUGUGCAGCAGGACAACUAUGACUCAGUUGCUAUCAUGGAAACAUGGCUGACCUUCUGUGGGCUAAAUGUCAUCAAUCAUUUCCUCUGUGAUAUAGAUUCCUGCCUUGCCCUCUCCUGCAGUGACAUAUGGCCCAUGGAGCUGGCAACCUUCCUUGUCUCCAUAAUUGUUGUGGUGGCCUUCUGUGUGGUCACCCUGGUCUCCUAUAUAUACAUCCUCUCUUCUAUCCUGAGAAUUCAGUCAGCCCAUGGCCAAAAAAAAGCCUCUGCUCAUCUCAGUGUCGUCACAAUCUGGUAUGGCUCCACCAUGUUCCUGUAUGUCAAGCCAUCAGCCCCAAAUUCCCUGGAUCUGAACAAGCUUGUGAAUACCUUUACCACAGUUGUAACUCCUUUGUUGAACCUCCAUGGGUCCGGAUGGGAUUCAUCCUAG